AUGUGUCCAAGACCCCAUUGUGUCCAAGACUUCAAUGUGUCCAAGACCCCAAAGUGUCCAAGACCCCAAUGUGUCCAAGACUCCAAUGUGUCCAAGACCUCAACCAAUCCAAGACUCCAAUGUGUCCAAGACCCAAAUGUGUCCAAGACCCCAUUGUGUCCAAGACUCCAAUAUGUCCAAGACCCCAAAGUGUCCAAGACCCCAAUGUGUCCAAGACCGACACCAAAGUGUCCAGGACCCCAAUGUGUCCAAAACUCCAAUGUGGCCAAGACCCAAAUGUGUCCUAGACUCCGAUGUGUCCAAGACUCAAAUGUGUCCAAGACCCCAAUGUGUCCAAGACCGACCCCAAAGUAUCCAAGACCCCAAUGUGUCCAUGACCGACCCCAAAGUGUCCAAUACUCCAAUGUGUCCAAGACCCCAAAGUGUCCAAGACCCCAAUGUGUCCAAGACUCCAAUGUGUCCAAGAACCAAUGUGUCCAAGACCCCAAUGUGUCCAAGACUCCAAUGAGUCCAAGAUCCCAAAGUGUCCAAUACCCUAAAGUGUCCAAGACCCCACCGUGUCCAAGACUCCAAUGUGUUCAAGACUCCAAUGUGUCCAAGAUCAACCCCAAAGUGUCCAAGACCCCAAUAUGUCCAAGACCGACCCCAAAGUAUCCAAGACCCCAAUGUGUCCAUGACCGACCCCAAAGUGUCCAAGACCCCAAUGUGUCCAAUACUCCAAUGUGUCCAAGACCCCAAAGUGUCCAAGACCCCAAUGUGUCGAAGACCCCGAAGUGUCCAAGACCGACCCCAAAGUGUCCAAGACCCCAAUGUGUCCAAGACCGACCCCAAAAUGGCUAA